UGAGAGGGUGGUUUUAGGCAUGGAGGAAUUGUGUGAAGCGACGGUUUGCUUGUUUUUCCCUUAAUCAGAGAUGGAAGGAAAGGACUUGUAAAUUCUGUAUACUAAAGGAAAGUUGGGGACCACCAUUUUACUAUUAGGAGCUUCUGUUUAGUUUAACUUCCAUGGUACUUCUCUAUACGUUGUCUUGUACAAUUCAAAAAGCAGUAGGAUCCAUCAAUUUCGGGUACUUUCUUCUGAUCUUUAUCUUAUAUUUUUGUGAGCUAGGAUCACGGUGCUGUGUGCAAUGGCAACCAAUGCAGGCAUGUCGAGUCAUGUGCCACAGCUACGGGCCAAUUAUGAUACACAUGAUUGCAUGCAUUAUCCAUGCUGUGCACAUCACCUUAUUGAGAUCAAUCUCGAGGUUAUAUUUGUUACCCAGAUUUAUCUCUUUAGUUUCACACUUUCCUCUGCUAGUUGUAUCCAAGAAUUGUCAUAUCAUGGCAUAUGGGCAUGCUGAUACCUUUUUUGCAUGGUAUGAUGUCAAUACCCUUUUAGCACAAUGACAGCAACACCUUUCUGACGUAGCUCAGUACUGAUCUUUGCUGGUUGUAUAUGUAUGCUUAUAUAUCAGCCAACUUUUUCCAAAAAAUUUGCUUAGCCUUGUGUCAGCACUCAGUUGUAAUUCAACAUAGACAUGCUAAUAUCCUUUUGGCACAACAUGUGCUGACUCAUGCCAACAAACACAAUCCUUGCUUGCAUCAUGCCUUUUAUAUUGGUUUGAUUAUGCCUUUAGAAAACUUGGCCUGCUCAGAUUCAUAGUUAGUGUUUCUUUGUGUUGGUUUCAUUGUGCCCUCGAAGCUUGUACAGACCAGAAAGUUCAAUUGGUAUUGUCUCUUGAAUGAUGGGAUACCACGUAGCAUAGCAGUAAGCACUUUGUUAGGUACUGAUGUCAUGUCUGUUUAUCUUAUUGCAUUCAUGCAAUGUUUCUUAACUUGCUUAAAUAUGAUGCGUUUUUCAUUUCAUUUGUAAAACUUAACACUAAGAUUGGGUCUUGUAACACGUUGGCUUGUGUCAAGUUGGACCCAUGAAGUCAGAACAUGAAAUGAUUCUAACAGGAUUGAAGUUGUGGAAUCCACCAUAGAAAAGGAGAAAACAUUAUACUUAAUUUAUAAAUCAUCCAGAAUGUCAGUUUAGUAUUCUUCCUAUUCAUGAAGACUUGUUCUCUUGUUAUGGGCUAAAGAUUGCAAACUCUACAAUGAGAACAAUAACAAUAUAUUUCAAAGUCCAUUAAAAAAAGGAACAUGAUAACAAGCAAAAUAUAUUUUUCCACAAAAAAUUUUCCCGACCAAGGAGCUUUAUGUAAGCUUAUGGUACAAAAUAACUCAAAAGGCAUCAUUUUUUUUUGUACAACUUCUAACCUACACUUUUUAGGCUUCGUCUACCUUGGCAUUAGUCUUCUAAAUUGAAUUAGUUAGCUUUGCUGAGCAUUUUUUGCUUUCUUUUGGCGCGUCCAGGCUACAUUUUACAAUCUUCACUUUUUUUAAAAUGAAUGUUACUUUUAUCUGUAAUUCGAUAUCCACGUUGACAGCUUAUUUUUGUUACACUAUCUUUCCAUAUAUGUUUCCGGUUGCCCAACACUUUGUUCAAUCAAAACAUAAUUGAUCUUGUUUCUGUCUUUUGAAUAAUUUCUUCCAAUUUGUGAAGCAAUAGUUAGCAGCAUGGUGACAUCACACUUCCGAUGUACCAUUUAAUUUUAACUACCAGAUUUAAUUCAGCAGUAUCUUCUUUGAUCUCAUUAUGUUGUUGAUUGACAAGAGGAUGCAAGAUUUCUGUUGAAAUUUUGAGUUUAUCUACCUUGAUUGCACCAUCUUUUCCUAUGAUCAUGGUGCCAGUUGUUUUAAUAUAUUUGGUCUUGGUCUGAUUUAUUGUAAAGUGUUCUAAAGUUUGUCUCCUUGUAUCUUUAAUAAGAUUUUAUCUCUUAUAUAAUCUCAGCCUCUCAAUAACAAACAAUGUUGUCUUAAAAUAAGAUAUACCUUGAAACUUGAGUUUGAGUAUAUAUACUGAAUCCAUCUGUUACAAACACAUAGGGCUAAUGAUUAUUAUAACUUAAAAUUGGCUUAUAGUUGAAGUAUGUUUGACGAAUGCUAAUUAUUUAUAUUGAGAUGAGUACACUAUCUAAUGCAUCUACUUUAAGCUUUGAUUUGGUCAAAUAUGUCCGGUGUGAUGCCGAACAAACAGAAAAUAUAUGAUUGCAUAAAUGGCUAAGUUUGCACCUACUGGCAGUUAAGAACAACAUAAGUACACAUUGCAAACAAAUUGAGGACAUGAUGUUCCUGAGGAGCACCUUGUAAAGUUGAGUUUACAGAACAACCCAUACGGGUCAACUUUAAUAUACACAAACCAGACCUCUCUUUUUAAUUGCCCCUUCUAUCAUCCUCUCUUCUCUCCUUAUUACCAUCCUCUCUUGUUAUUUUUUCUCUUUUAUUGUCAUCCCUAUUCUUUAGCUUUCGCCCUUCAUUUGUCUCUCUUAUUGCUUCAAUUUCUCUCUCUUUUGCUUUUGUACUUUCUGAUGCCACUCCCUUUCUAUCAUUCUUUUUUCUUCUCUUAUCACCUAACUUCACGCUGUUGCUGACAGCCUGACCUGCCUUUUAGUGUCCAGCUUAUUGGAGUUGAUAUUUCUAUUUUUUAAUAACCAGAUUAAUCAAAUUCAUUCUAUAACAAAGAGGCACUUCACAACUAUAUUUUUGUUAUAAAAUAAAUAUUUUAUUAUUUUUUAUACAAACAUAUUUUAUUGCUAGAUCCACUGGUCCAACCAGUGAACUGGUGACUUGAGGUUAGGUUGGUCCGAUGUCCAGUGCAGGUUUGGUAAUUAUGGUUAGAAUUAUCUCAAUGAGCCAGUUAUGAGGCUGAAUGUGGCUAUUAUAAAUUAUUGAUUAACAUUAUUGAUAUUUAUGCAGAUAUAACAACAUGGUGUUAAUUUAGUGGCGGGAGACUAAACUAUCCCAAAACCCUCCCUUCUAGCCCCAGGCAAGGGCUGUUUGUUUGUUUUUCUUUUAUGUUUGGAUGUAUGGUCAUUCAUAUAUACAGUCACUAUUUUAGAUGGAGUUUAGAGUCAUACCUUAGGUUGUAUACUUAUUUUUGAAUUAUGUUUUUGUUAUGGAUACCAAUGGGAGAGUUUAUAAAUGGUUCAUGUUAAGAGAAUUUUAUUGGUGUCUUUAUAUGAUCCAAAGUUAUCUUAUUUUACAAUGUAUAUGGAAUAUUGUAAGCCCUUAAGGGCUACAUCUUGGUAUUGAUUAUUUUAUUGUUGCAAUAGAUUUAUGAUAGUUUAAUAACUGAACUCUCUGUUUUUCUUAUACAUUUGAGCGGCCAAUUCUACUUUUCAUAUAAGUGUCCCUUAAUAGCAGGGACAUAUCCUUUAAACUGAUAUCAAAGCAGGUAGGUGUUUUACAAUAAUCCUCUGCAAUGCCUACACCGUUAUUCCAUGACUUUAUGAAGAUUUAUGUGAGAACCCUAUCAUAUUUUAUUUUAUAUCUGAUGCUGCUAAAUGCCCUACGAUCUGUAUGUGAUUUUAGGUUCCCCCCAUAUUAGAAGGAAGAAAUCUCGAUAAUGUAUUGAAAAAUACAGUGCCUUAUAAUAGCAGUUAACAACUUAAUCAACAUUUCACUUGCAGAUCUUCAGCAGAUGGCUUUCCCAUUUAUUGAUUAUGUUUAUUAUUAUUGACUAAUAAUAAUUCCGCUGGAUAACAUUGAGAAUUGUGACUGACUUGGUUGUAUCAUAUGCAACAACAAAUAUCAUUAGGUCCAUCUCAUGGAAUGGGACCUGCUAUCCUUAGAAGGGAGCCUUGGUUUCACUGGUUUUCCUGUAAGCAACACAUGAUAAAAUUCAAACCUUGCUGGUGGGUUUCAGUUAAGAACUAAUGCCAUUGUGUCUGGAUGCUUGUUUUCUGGUGGUCAGAUUUCAGUUUUUUGAACUCUAUUACUCACAUAGAAUAUUUUUCUCCCUUGUGGAUCUGGAAGGGGCUUCCACUUAUUAGGUAAAUUGUGUUAAGAAGUGUCCAAUGAAGAUAAUGAUUUUGCCUUUUUUUGUCUCAAGCUUGUAAAUGAUAGGUAGUAGUGGUAUAAUUUCUUCUACAAUAGCAGCAUAUGGGAGGUUUGAAUAAAUUGUUCAAGGUUACUGCCCCAGGGCCACAGCAGAACAUGACCUAAUCUGGCAGCAAGAAUGAUGCUCUUUCCAUUCUACAAAAUCAUGUGCUUUUGGAUGUGGAGACUAUCCUUUCAAGGUGAAUCCUAUUACUGUUCUGUUACACAAAGAGUGAUGCUUGUGUGGGUCAUGCACAUAUUUGUGAUCUUUGUUAGUAUAACUUGUACAUGUUGGUUUGGUGUAUGAGGGUUUGUGUGGUCCUUCGUGAAAGAUUGGUUGAAGUACCUUCCCCCUUUAUGUAGGACAUUUUAUGAGCUUGGGAUGUAUUAGUUUGCAGUAUAUGGCUUCUCUGCUAUUUGUUGAAAAUUUUCAUUAAUUUCACUUUUCAUAAUGGAUAUUUCACUUGGUUUUCAUUGUGGAACGGGGUCAAGGAUUUUGCGAUUAUAAGCGGUACUUAGUUACUGAACAUGCAAAAGCUGGUUCGGAACUGCAACCAUUUCUUUUUUCAUGGGUUACCUUUGUGAGGCUUCUGAUUAUUAUUUUAUUUCAUUGGUUCUUGGCAAUUUUAGUCUGGCUGACGAGCAUCACCUAAUGCUGGGAAGGACAACUAUUUGCGAGCCAUUCUUGGAUAUCUAAGGAUAUGGUUAAAUUACAGUUCAAAAAUUUUUUACUUAUUUAGAUUUCGCGGUCAUGUGCUGUACAGACUCAACGGAGUGAAGCUGAGGACUAGAUGCAUUGAUCUGGAGUAGAGUCUGCAGGAACCCGGCAUAGAUCUCCCCUAAUGCUGGGAAGGACAAAAGUUAUUUGUGAAGCAUUCUUGGAUGUCUCAAGUUAAGGUUAUAUAAAUGGGCGGAGUAAGUUGUAAAGUUGCAACUCUUGCACCGGUGGGUUGACUGGUGAGACCAGUUCAUUGGGCAUUAAAAUGCAAGGAAUCGGAAAAGCUUCUACAGGUGCGGCCAAGCUUUUUAUGCAUAGAGGUGUUGAUAGAAUGAUGCUUGCUAAUCAAUAUCCUUUUAGGUUUGGUCUUAUUUUACAAAUCGAUUGAUCCUAUAUAAUGUGAGAUACGAUGAUCGGCCAGUUGGCCACAUAUGGUUAUGUGCUCAUUAUAUCUUUUUCUUAUCUGUCAAUUGUACUAUAUCGAAAAUUACUCGUAGUGAGUGAUAAGAUUCUUCAAGAAAGCCUUAUCAAUUGUACAAUAUCUAACUUUGCUCGUGGUGAUGAGGUUGCUUUAAGAAAGCUUGUUGAGGACGGGCAAGGUGAAGUUAGAUCAUUCAACUUGUUGGUGAAGGUGACAUCACAAUCAUGGUCGAGAUCACAGUAUGAAGUUUGAUGCCAAUAAGAUCUCCCAAGGAGUGAGAGCUGCCACAAAUAGGCACUAUCUCUUACAAAUGGAAAAAAGGUGUGUUUAGUGGGAAGGUAUAUCUGACCAUGCUCCAAUGAAUGACACAUGAAAAGGUAAAAGAAAACGAAGGCCCCACAUAAAAGAGUGCAUGACAAGGUAGGAAUUGAUGCAGCUCUCUCUAGGGUAAUUGCUGACCUAUCCCCUCCAAAAAAAUCAAAAGAGGCAUCAUCAGCUGGUGGUGCUGGUUUCGGUUUAUUUUCAGAUCACUGCAGUAUCUUUGCUCAUCAUCAAAUGGUUGUUGUUGCUGAAGCAAACAUAGGGACCAAAGUAUGACUUGAUUGUUUUCAUAGCCCUUUCUUUUUCUUUUUUAGGGGAAUUAUGCAAUGUAUCCCGUAUCUUAUGGACCAAACUCUAAAGAACUGGUACUCGAUCUGUUGAUCGACUGCAUGUUUCCUGGUUAUUUCCUGUCAAAUGAGGAGGAGCAGCCAAUCAUUCUCAAUUGGAGAACCCGACGAAGCAAUGUAUAAAGCUGCUGCAACAUCUCCGAAGCUUCCACGCUCUCAUCCUCAUGUCCAGGUUUUUGGCUUCUCCUCUCUCGAUUCGUUUGGUUUAUAUCGUCUAGCUAGCUUCGCUGCAGCUACAGCUGCAGCAUCAUCUCUGAAUCCCUUGUCAGUACAUCUCAUGAAGAUUGACAGCAUCCAAAGGUCUGCGCACUUUUGUUGCUAUUGUUUUCUGCCAUCUUCCCAUUUCCAUCGUGGUUGCUCCGUCCUGUCUUUGGGAUGGAGACAACAUGUUCGAUGGAAUGUAUCUACGACCAAGAAAUCAUUCACUUGGUCACAUGAUGUUGAUUAAGCAACAUCGGAUGGUGUUCAUCGUCAAAGUUCAAACUCAAUACAUAAAUAGGAUUCUCAAGUAUCUUUUAAUUGGAUUCGAUGCGGAGUUGGGAUCCCAAUGGAUGAGGUCUUGUCUUUCGGGUAGGGUGGCAUCGAUGGGUUCCUUUCGAAGGUGCUACCCACAGCCUGCUCUUAAUGGAGUAUGAAGAGAAUUAAAUGUGGUUGAGUUCGAUGCAGUCGUGUCACCUGCGAAGAGAUCAACCCAAUUAUCUUAAGUUCUUCUAAUGAAUCGAUCUUACAUCUCUGACGGCGCCACAUGACGGCAGCGCCCCCUGGUCGACACGUGGUUUGUGCCUCUGGAGGCCGAGCCACGCCGCGACGCGUCGCGUCGUCAGAGCCGUACGUUACGGGCACCGGUCCAUCAACCGUCCAUCCCACGCCGUGUAACGCGGCAUGGGUUUGGUCCUCCACAAGACGCCAUUAAUUGUCCGCGAAGGGACGCGUGGCGGCAUCGCAGGAGCUCCUCUCAUCAUCAUCCUGAUCAUCACGACCAUUAAAGCUUAUUAAACAGAGAGAGCGACUCGAAGGUGGGGGAAGGACGGCGGGCGGCAAUGGCAUCGGCAGCGGCCGCGGAGGACGAGAAGAACAGGUGGUUUAGUUAGUUAGUUAAUGAAGGAGGAAGGUGGGCAUAAUUAUAGCGUGCGGCGGAAGGAAAGGGUUGUUGGGCCCACCCGCCCACGUGCGUAUGUUGUGAGCGGGAGGGAAGAGGGUCAGAUGCGCCGGAAGGUGGUUAGUUGGCCCGGUCGGGUUUGGAUUUGGCGAGUAGGUCGAGGAGUCCCGAGCCCGACGCACAAGCCCUUUUGAUGGCUCCUCUCCCUCUCUCUGGGGACAAGACAUCUUGGGACCGAGUUCCGAUAUAUGGUAACGAGGCAUCCCAUGGAACAGAGGAUACUGAGAGAGGGGAACGGGCCGGCGACUUCUUUGCCUCUGAUUCCUUACGAGUCGAUCCAGGGAGGAGGAAGGAUGGAGGAGUUAGCGGCGUCUUUGGACGAGUAUGACAAGUUGGUCAUCCGAAUGAACACCCCCAGAGUGGUGGUGGACAAUGCCGUGUGCCCCACAGCGACGCUGGUGAAGGUGGACAGCGCUCGGGAGCACGGCAUCCUGUUGGAGGCCGUGCGCGUCCUCGCCGACCUCGACCUAGCCGUCCGCAAGGCCUACAUCUCCUCCGACGGCCGCUGGUUCAUGAACGUCUUCCACGUCACCGACCGCUGUGGCCGCAAGCUCGCCGACCGAUCCCUUACCUCCCACCUCGAGCGCUCCCUGUGCGCCUCCCGCCCCGGUGACGACACACAGCCCCCCGCUCUCCUUACGGAGCCUGCCGGCCUCGAAGUCCACGGCCUCACGACUCUCGAACUCGCCGGCGCCGACCGCCCGGGCCUCCUCUCCGAGGUCUUCGCCGUGCUCCGCGACGUCGAGUGCGACGUGGUGGCGGCCAAGGUGUGGACCCACAACGGCCGCGUCGCGUCCCUCAUCACCGUCAGGGAGGGCCGCCCCGGCUCGCCCACCGACGCCGACGCCGACGCCACGCUCCGCGCCCGUCGCGUCGAGGCGCGACUCGGGAACGUCCUCAGGGGCGACCACGCCGUCCGCGGCGCGAGGAACGCCACCGCGGUUGCGUCGUCGUCCGCCUCGGCGGCCCAUUCCGACCGCCGGAUGCACCAGCUGAUGUUCGCCGACCGCGACUACGAGCAGACCACCCCCGGCGUCUCGACGCCGGCGCGGUCGGUGGUCUCGGUGCAGAACUGGGUGAACCGCGGGUACUCCAUCGUCAACGUCGAGUGCCGCGACCAGCCGAAGCUCCUUUUCGACGUGAUAUGCACGUUGACGGACAUGGAGUACGUCGUCUUCCACGGCAUCAUCGACACCGACGGCGAAAGGGCUCGCCAGGAGUUCUACAUAAGGCAUUUGGACGGAACUCCGAUCAGUUCGGAAGCGGAGCGACAGCGAGUGAUCCAGUGCUUGCAAGCCGCCAUUGAUCGCAGAGCAUGCGAAGGAGCGAUGCUGGAGUUGUGCACAGCGGAUCGAAGAGGCCUGCUCGCGGACGUGACGCAGACGUUCCGCGAGCACGGGCUAUCCGUGACGAGAGCGGAGGUGACCACCAAGGCCGGAAUUGCCAUGGACGUGUUCUACGUGGCCGACACGGCCGGCCACGCCGUCGACCAGAGGACGGUCGACGCUAUCACGGAACGUGUCGGCGUGGAGAGCCUAAAAUUGAGUGAGGAGCGACGGCCGUGGUGCCACCAGAAGUGGCCCACCACCGAGGAGGACAGAGUAGCCAAUGGUGGUGGUGGGGUUGGGCUGUUCUACCUUGGGAGCAUAGUGAAGAGGAACCUCUACAACCUGGGCCUCAUCAGAUCCUGCUCUUAGCAGGGAGCCCAUAGCACGUAGGGGGUUUGCAUGUGUUCUCGCCGCGUAGUAUGUCUGAUCUGGACCUGAGUCUGCACACAAAAGAAAUGGGGGCAUCGGAGAAGGAAAGGACAUCAGAUUGCUGCUCCACAGUGGAGAUCAUAGGUCCCCACAUCACCCGCCCCCCCCUUCCCUCUCAUUGAAUUGCCAUUGUCGUGGAUAGGGGAUAGCUGAGAAUGUAGAAGAGAAGAAAGAGUAGAAUGGUUGGUAGAAACAGCCCCACAAAGAAAAAGAGAGAAAAGGUUGGGGGCUUUUAGGGUGUUGGUAGGGUUUGAAUUGGGGCUUGUGAUGGCUAUUUGACAGGUAGGUGGUGGUGGUGGUGGAAACUUCAGCUGCCAGCUAUUGUGGAAGAAAGGGUGUGACUAUUUAUAUGUAUAGUCAUUGUACACAAGAAAACAACUUGAUGUUAGUACUAAUGUUGGGGGGUGUUUCAACCUGUUUGCUCUCUACUUAGCUUUCUUACUCGAAGAGGAUCUCACCUGCACCGUCUGGGUUUCCCCCACCAAGAUCCGCCUGCUACUCCAUUAAAGUAUGUUUUGGGAGCUCAUCUCACCAACUUAGUCCAAUGGAACAACUCACCAGUGGCGAGAAUGACAGGCUCUGCAGACCGGUCAUAAGGCAUGAGAACGUGUGCCUCAUAGUUAAAAUGUGGAGCUUCUCGGGGGACCAUAAACGAUGUGACUUCAAUACUAUCCAUCGCAAGAACAAACAGGAAGACAAUUCUCUUACUAUUUUUCAGAUACUGUCCAUUACAC